UAAUGGGGCAAACUGAGGUGGCGGGAAGCAGCAGUCAGCUGACGGAAGUAAAGAUAGGGAUUUAGUGAAUGUCAUCAGCAAUAACCCACACCUGUACCACACUGUUCAUUCCACAACCACCUUCACCCCACACUCUCAAGAUGGAGGCAGGCCAGAAGAGUUCAUUAGAUAAGAGGUUACUGCACAGGAUGUUGUAUAAGAAUGCUCGUGGCAGAACUCCUCCAUGGAAAGAUGCCUACCGUAAGAGAUGUAUGGACCGUCUCCGUUCAAAUCGGUCACAGCUGAUUGAGCACUUCCGCUCGGCUGGUGAUGCUAUCAACAACAACAACAGCAGCGGUAACCAUACGACAAAGAUGGUGCAGGAUGUGAUGGAGAUAGAAUGGGCUGCUAUGAGUCAAGCUGCUUCUGGCUUCCCCUCACUCAAUAAGGCCUCAUUCAGUGUAGAUGACCCAGAGGAGGAGGACCAGAAUUUAUUGUUUGCCAUCAUGGAAGACAUACAGCAGGAACUAGUCAGUGAAGAGGAAAAACUCCUCAUUGAUGUCCUCAACUAUGAUGCUGCAGUGCUGGCAAGUCAGGUGGCCUUGCAACAGUCAGAGGAGGUUAUCUGCCCUGUAUGUCAGAUGCAGGGAUUACAGGAGUCACCGAGAAGACCAAGUAUAUUAGCAUCCUCGACAGCUCCACUCGGGGCAGGACCUGGAGCGAACAUUCUCGUCUGUGGCUGUGGCUUAGCUUUACAAGGGGCCAACCUUACCCUUAAUACAGUGAAAUCCAGCCUAGAAAACACAGUAUCUCACCAUGGCCAGACAUGUCAGGGGCAGAUGUCCUUCACACCAACAACAGACACUCAAGGAGCCAAUGUUCUCAUCACCUGCAACAUUUGUGACUGGAUGUCCUUCUUGUUGUAGAAGUUAUUUUUAGGGUUUUUAACCAUCUCUGAGAACUUCACACAUCAUUCCUGUUGAUCUGAUAGAUUGAACAUGGCUGUGAUUAAGGUCUGGAUAGUCACCCUUUUUUUUUUUACUUUAUGAUUAAGUGUUUUAAAGUACAGUACGUAUAUGUAAAGUCUUUCUGGUAAGCCAAGAUAUAUAUUGGUGCCAUAGUGUGCCAUAAGAACAAAAAAAAUAGUGUUCGUUAGGUGAAUGGGUAGUUUAGUUCACUUUAAAUUAUACUUUUACAACUGCAGUAUUGAGGGAAUCAGUAAACUUUUGAAAAGGUGUUAGAUUAAAGUCCAAUCAACAGUACUGUACGUUAGUAUUGAGCACCCUAAAGAAAGAAAUGCAGAGGUGGAAUCUGUGUGGCUGAUUUAGCAGACCGUAAAAUUAAAAAAAAAUAAAAGUAUUGACUUAAAGGAUCAGUUUUAUCCAGUAUUAUUAGCACUGUUGUGGGAGGAGUAAAGAUAUAUGUCAGAAAAACUGAUGUAUGAAAUUCUCUUAAAGUUUUGUACAGUACAGUAGUACAGUACAGUACUUGUUAUUUUGGAGAUACUGAAGGAAAAUAUCAAAGGUUGCAAUCCUGAAAAACUGGUUCAUGAAUCCUGCAACGAUGAAGGCCAAUAGUUCCUGAAGAAUGCAUUGAAAAGAUUGGUGGCUUUAAUAAUUUAUUGAGUUUUGAGCAGGUUUUCUUGAAUUUGGGGAAGGUCUUAUAUAAGAAAAUUAGUUGAAUUUUUCUAAAAAAAAAAAUUGAUGAAGGUUAAUGAUGCCUGAAGUAUGGACAGUACAUAACAGGAUUAAUCAUAUAGCUAUUUUUUUUAUUUUUUGACAUUUUAAAUACAGUACAGCCUCAAUAAUUACAUGGCUUAGGACAACACUUUUUGGAUUUCCAACUAAAAAAAAACUUUACAUAGACUACAGUAUAAAAUGAAAAGCUGUAAUAAUAAUAAUAAUAUAUUUGUUGCAUCCUACUGCUUCACAGGAGGGUGAGCUGAGCAGUUAUCUAAAAGAAGACAAAUUUUACAGUCCUGGCAGCCCUACCUUACAGCAGAUGUUAGAUUCAGAUUUGUCCCCGAAGGAGCUAGUUUAUUGGGCACCCCCUUACAUCCUGGGCAAGGUGAAGUGCAGAAGCGUUUACAGCGCCCAACAGGGAAGUAUGAAAAGUUCAUACUUGCCUUUAUGACCCGUACAUU